CAGAAAGAGAAAGGAAUUGUUCUCUUCCUUUACCAGUUUACCUUGGAUCCUCUCUCCCUAAACCCUAACCUUAACAAAAUUCCUCUUCAGAAAUGGCAUCAAUGCAUUUCACUCUCUUCACAAUCUUCCUUCUUUCAUCAUCAUCAGCUUCACCUUUCUCCAUUUCUGUAAAAAACAAAUUUGCUUCUUUUUCAUCAUCUUCAAUUUAUGAUGUUCUUAACUCCCAUGGACUCCCUGUUGGUCUUCUACCUAAAGGAAUUAACAAUUUUUCAAUAGAUCCAUCAUCAGGUCGAUUUGAGGUACAUCUACCGCAGUCCUGUGCUGCCAAAUUCGAAACCCAUUUACGUUAUGAUAGUACCGUGUCGGGUAUCCUAAAUUAUGGUCAGAUUUCAGAAAUUUCUGGUGUAGCGGCUGAGGAACUCUUUCUUUGGUUCUCUGUUAAAGGGAUCCGUGUUGAUAUUCCUAGUUCUGGGUUGAUUUAUUUUGAUGUAGGAGUUGUUUCUAAGCAGUUUUCGCUUUCUUUUUUCGAGAUUCCACGUGAUUGCACCAUUACAAAUGAUGGGUUGCUGGAAGAUCUCAUUUUGUUCGAUAAUCGUGGGAGAAUUGUGGAGAACCUAUCGAGGAAGUUGAUUAAAGAACGUCUGGGAAAUAGCAAGGCCAGGGCUGUAUCCUAAAUUAGAGAGAAAGAAAGCUUAGUGAAGGAUUUGGACAUGUCGAUGAAUUACUGGUUCUUCCUCAAGGAGCAUAUCCAAGAGUCCAUUUUUUCUCCUUUGUGUGCUUGCUAUAUCUGAUAUUCACAUCAUAGAGUUUCCCCGUAAAUGCUUCAGUAUACUCAGUGUC